GAUGGCGGAAGAGGAGAGCCAGUUUGAAGAAUUUGAGCAAAUAGACUUUUUAAGAGAUAGACAUGUACGAUUCUUCCAGAGGACGCUGCAGGUGUUACCUGAGAGAUACGCCUCGCUGGAAACCACCAGGUUAACGAUCAUAUUUUUUGCACUGUCUGGUCUCGAUGUGCUGGACGCUCUGGAUGUGAUUGACAGGAAUGCCAUGAUUGAGUGGAUCUACUCACUACAGGUUCUGCCCACAGAGGACCAAGCGAACCUUAGUCGUUGUGGUUUUCGAGGAUCGUCACAUAUUGGAAUUCCUUAUAGCACAAAGGGGCCAGGUGUGCUCCAUCCAUAUGACAGUGGCCAUGUAGCUAUGACCUACACUGGGCUGUGCUCGCUGCUAAUACUCGGAGACGACCUGAGCCGGGUUAACAAACAGGCCUGUCUGGCUGGUCUCAGAGCACUGCAGCUGGAGGACGGCAGUUUCUAUGCAGUGCCAGAAGGAAGUGAAAAUGACAUACGGUUUAUCUACUGUGCAGCCAGUAUCUGUUACAUGCUGGAUGACUGGUCAGGAAUGGACAUCCAAAAGGCCAUUGAGUACAUCAGAGGAAGUCUGUCAUACGACAGUGGGUUUGGCCAGGGAGCUGGGCGAGAGUCACAUGGUGGCUGGACGUACUGCGCCAUAGCCUCUCUGUGUCUAAUGGGUCGACUGGAAGAGGCGCUGAGUCAGCGGGAGCUCGACAGGAUCCGGCGCUGGUGUAUCAUGAGGCAGCAGAGCGGCUUCCACGGUCGCCCCAACAAGCCUGUAGACACAUGCUACUCCUUUUGGGUGGGAGCUACGCUAGAGCUCUUAGAUGUGUUCCAGUAUACAAACUUUGACAAGAACAGGAGCUUCAUCCUGUCCACACAGGAUCGGUUGGUGGGAGGAUUCGCCAAGUGGCCAGACAGUCAUCCAGACCCUCUCCAUGCCUACUUAGGGCUGUGUGGUUUGUCUCUGAUCGGAGAGCCCGGUUUGAGGAAGGUCCACCCAGCUCUUAACAUUACCCAGAGAGCCUUUCAGCAUGUCCAGCAGCUGCAGCAGACAUGGAAGGACAGCACCGGCAGCUGUAGCCGACAGCACUGACAGCAGGAAGAUCCACAGCUCUGUUUCUGAACAGGUUCAGUAAUCAGGAACAUCUAACAGUAGUCAGUCAAACGAAAUUGGACUUUUGCUGUGUGUCUUGAAGACGGCCACUCAUCUGAGAGGGCUCCUUAUUCAGGAAUCAGGAAGGUUUUUAAGUCUCCAGUUACACUCAUUUUAAGUCUGUCUACAGUGACUUUUCUGUUAAGCAAUAUAUGCCACACUUUUUUUUGCUGCCUUUUAUAUUAUUAGACUGUAGAUAAUAACAAUGUGCAUUGUGGUUUGUGGUGAUGAAAUUAUGUGCCAGAAAGUUAUAUUUGAGUCACUGGAGAUGCCUCAGAUGCCUCAAUUUUGCAAACUUUUUAGAUGCAGUGUUGGAGGCUUCCUGCUCCUCAUCAUAGUAAACAACACAAUCUGCUGUAAAUCUUCCUGGCAAAGGAUGAACUGACUGCUUCACACGGACACAAGAAAAAUACACAAAGUAAAUGUUAUUCACUGAGACCCUGAGGAGGGCUUAGCGGACAUUCAAGUUGUGUCUUUAAAUGGUUCUGUAGAAUUGUUGGCUUCAGUAGCUGAAAGGUUUUGAGUGGGCUGGUGCAAUUUUACGUGAAUCAAAUAGAUGCGUGUUUGCCAUCGCUGAAUAGUGUUCAUGUGUACUGCAAAGAUAUAGUGAAUGAGUUCCUCAUUUUUGUUUACAAACCAGUAUGAGCCCAAUGGUUAUUUUGGGGGUGAAAUUAGGAGACUUUGUUUUAGAUUUAACAUCCCUAUAUCCUCACACACAAAAAAAACCAUCCCAAGGCACUUAGCUCCCUGUACAGUAUUUUUCGCCUCUCUGCCCCUCGAACAUCUCCAGCCUCACGUUGCUCUUGAACCUCUUCAGAACCUCGAGCUAUCCAGUCCCAAAGGGGAUAGCAGCCUGGCAGGGAAACUCACUGCAGGUCCCUGCAGUUUCACCCCUACAGGGCGUGUUCAGUGAUCCCAAGAGAUAUACACGAUGAUAGAUCUGCUGGGGUGAAAUUCAUAGAAAAGCCAGCCAACAAACACCCCAACAGGAAAAUCGAUGAAGAAAUAAAAAGAAAAUAAAAAACUGAUGGAAAAAAGACGUAAAAGAAUUUUCAACGGAAAAUAGAUUGGGCCUGAAGAAAGAGCCUUAUCCCUUCUUUCCUACAAGGUAGUAGCUUUCAAUUUUAGCAUCCCCUGACACCUGAACCCUGAACUGAUCCGAGCUCCCCUCCUUCACCAGCUUCCAUACUCCCUUUAAGGCACUAGCCAGCCUGAAAUCAAUAGGAGAAAGAUGAGACAGUGGCAUUAUAACUUGGGGAAAUGUAUUCUUUUGAACAGCGCUGGGAAUUGACAUCUUAUUUUCAGAACAGAAAAGGACGCAGGGCGAAAAUCAAAGAACAAUGCCCAUGAGCAGAAUGUGCCUCAGAGAGUCGGGUUACAGAAACAACUGUUAUCCAACACAACGCAUUCCUUUGACUCCUAAAUUGACACCUGCAUCUCACAAUGGACCUUCAAGCCUUCUUGCUCUUGAGCUCAGCUACAUAUUGGAUAUUAAUGAGAUCCUAACAUGGUGACACAUUGGCACUGAAAUUCUUGGUUUAGCUGCUCCUCUUACGAUCUCAUCACAUGAAUGCUCUGAUUCCCAGUAAGGUUCCUCAAGCCCCCCCACUGAAAAGCCACACCCGUCCAUUAUAAGACCGCUGUCACAGCCAGCACCUGCUCCCUGAGAUGAUGGUUGGUGAGGAGGGGACAACAUCACAGCAGGUCAGAAAUACAGUGGCUCAUCUGUAACAUGUUACCUGUGGGGGGUCUACUGUGUUUAUCAUCAGUUCUGACUGGAUAUGAAAUAUAUCGCCUCUUUGGAUUUCCUUCCACCCUCUAAAAUCACGUUGUACCUGGCCUCGGCCCCUUUCCCGCCCAGUUGCCUUUUUUUCAGACUUAGAAACAGAGCCGCCAGACGGAGGAAAGAAGAUAGGCAGAGAGGUGAAUAAAUAAAUCAUUUUACUCAUCUAUUAUUAAAAGUGAACUGUCGGAGGCUGGAAUCUCCUCUGUGAACAAAAAAAAACAACCCCCCCGUGUUGUGAAGCCUUAUUUUGGUGCAAACUCUAUUGCUUUAUAGCCAACUGCAUCUUAUGUUGCUGUACUGUUUGAUGUUGCUGUUUUGCCUAAGUCAAUGAGCUCUGCUGCAGUUACUCUUGCCGACUUUUCUUCUGCCAUUUGUUUUUUUACAAACAUUCAGUUAGUUACCAUAAAAUAUUUUUAUUCAUUUCAUUUUUGGGAAAGGCAAGCUAUGACUUUCAUCUUACCCACUGAAUAGAGCCUUAGAUACACAAAUACUGUUAUAAUACAAGCUCAAUAAAAAUGGCUCUUCUGAAUUAUUCACCUCAUAAUAUUCUGGUAUCAAUCUUUUGUGUUACUAUAUGUCCUAAAUCUGUUUGGUCACACAAAAUGCAGUGAAAGGGAACGGUCAUGUCUCGACGCAUCUUCUCAAGUAACUUUCACUACUUUCCUUCCCCCCUUCAGCCGGGUUCUGUCUUUAGUGUACACAGGCCAUGUCACAUGCAAAAACCUCAAUAUCUAACUUGACUCUGAAAUGUGCCUCAUGUAGCAUUGUUUGGGUCACCGCUUUCUGAAUGCUCUUUUCCUCCUUUUUGCUGAUUUCGCUACAUGUACAGAAUAUUUAAACCGAGCUUAGCUCGGCUGUUAUCAAGACGGGCGCUGAAUUUACAUGUCUUUAUUGGAGGGAAUGGAGGAAAGGUGUAUCUAAAAUCCUAGUAAAUGUUCAGGACAGGGAACACCUAGUCUGUGAACAAAUGUUCCUCCUCCCAUGUUUGUGGAGUUCACUUAUUCAAUCAGACAUAAGCUGAGUGGCAGAGGUCGUUUUACCAGAAGCUAGCUCUGUACCUUCAUGUUUGAUCGAUAAUGUAUUUCCAGAAGGACGGAGGAAAUUCAUUGAGACAGAACCCUGUAAAUGCUUACCCAGCUUAAAAAAGGAUGAAUGAUUUGUCACUUAGUGCAUCUCAGUGGUUGUUAUAUUGGGUCUCCUUUUUGCAACGUCACUGUGCACUCGAUGCUCUCAGUCACACAGCAUGUAAAGAGGGGGCCGAGGCGUCUCUUUUAAAAUGGCUGCAGUGAAAGCUGCAUUUGGAGGAUUGUGAGACUUUUGAGACGCAGCCAAAAUGCCACACAUAGUAAACCGUGAAUCCUUGCUCUACCAACUAAUAUGCAUAAUGUAAUAAUGAAUGAUGUAACAAUAAAUGUAAUGGAAUUUAUUUUUUCUAUGCUUUGUAGAGAGAUUGAGUGUAGAUAAAUCUGUAAAUGUCUAUAAAUAUGUGACUUCUAUUUUGCAAGUGCUCAAGAUGAAACAAUGUUUACAGCUACAUCAGUGAGACGGUUAGAGGAGAUGGAUAUGCAAAUGUUGAUAUGUGAUGCAUUCUACUACUUCAGCUUUGAAUUUGAGGACAAUAAUUUGGAUCUAGCUUGGCGGUGCAUACUGUAUUUAUGAUGAAU